AUGACUACUACUUUCCAACCAUUCGACGUGCCAGGCGCCCAGACCGUGCAUGGAAAUGCCUUUCCUUAUGGACUGAAAAUCCACCGCCCGGAUGGAGCAGCCAGCAGUGACGUGCCGACUGUCGAUGAUGCCGUGACGGCCAUCACCUCCCUAGCUAAGUCCGGACGCCUGUCCAAGCUACUACGGCGACACGGCGCCGUGCUCAUCCACGGGAUCGGCCAUCCCUCCGCAGAGACCUUCGCGCGACUCGUUAACGCUGCCGAGAGAGCGCGUGGCUCCCAUCCGUUCGAGCAGAUUGGUCUCGCCGGGAAACGCACCCUGGUGGCCGAGAAUGUGUGGACGGCCAACGAGGGACCGUCCGAUCGUCGAUUCUACCAGCACAAUGAGUACUCACGUUACACGCGCUUCCCGUCCAACAUCCAUUUCUACUGCCAGACGAAAGCCCCGCACGGUGGACAAACCCCGAUCGCACACAGCGCCUUGGUCUACGAGAGGUUGCAGGAAGCGGUGCCUGACCUCGUGCACGAGGUCCACCAACGGGGCCUUGCCAUGAAGAUGGUCUUCCGGGCCCCGGGUCACGAGGGCCGGGGAAACGAGUUCAAUUGGGCGGGCGAGCACAGCUUUGGACAAGAGUUUGAGGCCGGGGAUGCUCGCGACACGCAGAAGGCCAAGGUUGAAGCGCAGGUGCGCAGGCUCACUCCGACUUUUCGGUGGUUGAAGGACGAUACGCUGGAGUUGACGCAGUAUAUUCCGGGUAUUCGACGCGCUCCUGCUAGCGGACGACCGGUUUGGUUUAACGGGUUGGUCGGUCGGUAUGGAAUGACGCGUGAUCUGGGAGCGUUGGAGCCACCGUAUCUGGGGCGCGAUGGAAUGACAUAUCUGCCGUGCGACUAUGGCGAUGGGACUGUUAUUCCUGCGGAGUACCUCCAACGACUGGAGGAGGUGGUGGAUGGUCUGGAGAUCGACCUUUGUCUGGAGGAAGGGGAUCUGUUGCUGGUGGAUAAUUUCCAGGUGUCGCACGGGCGCAAGCCGUGGACGGGGGAUCGCCGAAUCCUGGUGAGCAUGUGGGCGAACGACCAAUUUUCGAUUGAGGCUUUUUAG